AUGGCCGCUGUGACAAAUAUACUUGGCCUGCUGGUUGCGUACAUUGCCUGGCAGUUUUAUGUACACAACUAUGGUUUGAAGACGAAUCAGACACCCAGAGUUUCUGGUUACUUCCAUCCAGCAUUCAGGAAAGUUGCAGAAGUGUUUAAGCAGAAUGUUGAAAGUGGAUUUGAGCGGGGUGCUGCCUUUGCUGUGUACCACAAUGGGAAACCAUUAAUAGACAUGUGGGGUGGAUGGGCUGAUAUUUCAUCACAAAGACACUGGCAGGAGGAUACAGCAUCUUUGUCAUUUUCUAUGGUUAAAGGAGUUACUGCCAUCGUCAUGGCCAGACUGGUUGAUAUGGGAUACAUUGACUAUAAGAAGGAAGUUUAUCACUACUGGCCAGAGUUUGGCACUGAAGAUAAGAAAAACAUUACAGUAGAGAUGCUCCUAAACCAUCAGGCUGGCUUGAUAGGGCUGGAUGAAAAAGUCAGUAUCAACGAUUACCAGAAUAACUGGGAUAAAGUGGAAAAUCAGUUGGCAAAACAAAAACCAUUCUGGCCACCAGGAACUGCCUUUGGAUAUCAUAUCUAUACAUACGGGAUGUAUGCAGAUGCUCUUGUUCGUAAGGUUGACCCACAACAAAGAAACCUGUCUCAGUUUUUCCAGGAGGAAAUUGCUUUACCACUUGAUAUUGAAUUCUACAUAGGUCUUCCAAAACAGGAAUAUCACAGAUUUGCCAGGGUUCAACCGGCCAGCAUUUGGGAGCUUCGUUUUGACCUGACAUCUAUGAUAGAAAUGUAUACAAACCAGUAUAUGAAGAUUGCCGUUUGCAUGAACAUAGACAACCAUGAUUUUAACAACCCGGAUGUGUUAUCUGUUGGCCACCCAGCUGUUAUGGGUGUUGGUCCUGCCAGGAACUUAGCAAAAUUGUUUGAUUACCUGGCAAACAAUGGCAGCAUUAAAGCAAAGCGUCUGCUGUCUCCAGCUCUGGUAGAAGCUUUUCAGGGGCCUCUGACUGCAAAAAUGCCUAGCACCUUUAUAUUGAAGAACCCAAUCACUCGUGGACUGUUUCCCAUGGACAACAAGCAGGGUCACAAGAUACUUGGCCACUACGGCUAUGGUGGCAGUGUUGCAUUUGCAGACUUGACAGCAGGUGUAGGUGUGGUUUACUCCACCAACUACUUGGCCAUGUACAUGCUUGAUGAUCCUCGAGCCCUGGCACUAAGGAAUGUAUUCUAUGAGUGCUUUGAGACUUACAAAAGGGAAGCAGUGAGCGGGAGGGGAGUGUAG